UUCACAAAAAGUCGGCGGAGCUCAAAGAGUCCCUUACAUUCCUAAGCGGUAUCUGGUGCGAGAUUGUUGCUUUCGGUGAGGUCGGUCCACCAAGCCUGGGAAGCUGUCAGUUCUGAGGAGUCAGAGAACAUGAUGAGGAAUUGGCUGCUUAUUUUGACCCCUUUCCUCUUGAAGUACAUAGAGAAAUGUGAGUCAACUGUCAGCCUCACUGCCCCUCCCACCGUGAAGCUGGAAAAUGGCAGUUCAACCAACGUCAGCAUCACCCUUGGGCAUCCAUUAAAUGCGACCUUGGUGAUCACUUUUGAAAUCACAUAUCGUUCAAAAAAUCUUACUAUUGUGGAGCUUCCUGAUGAAGUUAUAGUGCCUCGUGGAGAGAAAAACACCUCUUUCCAAGUGACUUCUCAAAAUAUUGGACAAGUGACUGUUUAUCUGCAUGGAAAUCAUUCCAACCAGACCUGCCCCAGGAUCCGGUUCUUGGUGAUACACAGCAGAAUUAUUAGCAUCAUAAACCAGGUGAUUGGCUGGAUCUACUUCAUGGCCUGGUCUGUCUCCUUCUACCCACAGGUUAUCCAGAAUUGGAGACGGAAAAGUGUCAUUGGUCUCAGUUUUGACUUCUUAGCCCUGAACUUGACAGGCUUCGUGGCUUACAGCGUUUUCAACAUCGGUCUUUUGUGGGUGCCCUACAUCCAGGAGGAGUUUCUCCUCAAAUAUCCCAAUGGCGUGAACCCUGUCGACAGUAAUGACGCCUUCUUCAGCUUGCAUGCAGUCGCCCUCACCCUGAUUGUCAUCCUGCAAUGCUGCCUGUAUGAGCGAGGCAACCAGCGCGUGUCAUGGCCCUCCAUUGGCUUCCUGGUACUCGCAUGGCUCUUUGUCUUAGUCACCAUGAUUGUGGCUGCAGUCGGUAUCACCACAUGGCUACAGUUCCUCUUCUGCUUCUCCUACAUCAAGCUCAUCAUCACGCUGAUCAAGUAUUUCCCACAGGCCUACAUGAACUUUUACUACAAAAGCACCAGGGGCUGGAGCAUUGGCGGUGUGCUCCUGGAUUUUACAGGGGGCAGCUUUAGCCUCCUCCAGAUGUUCCUCCAGUCUUAUAAUAAUGACCAAUGGACAUUGAUCUUCGGAGACCCAACCAAGUUUGGACUUGGCGUCUUCACCAUCUUCUUUGAUGUUGUCUUCUUCAUCCAGCACUUCUACUUGUACAGAAAGAAACCAGGGUAUGACCAGCUGAACUAGAGUCCAGAGACCCAUUAUUAACAGCCAGGGCCUGGGCCCUGGUAGGAAAGGUUGUGUCCAGCAAAAGCCAGAGAAGCAGCUGGUACACAGGGCUGGAACAGUGUGCCAACAGAGAAGCAUUCUCUUCCUCAAGGGUCAAAAGCCUUAAGCUCAGUCUGCCUACCUUCAUCCAGGCCCCUCCUGAGCCAUAGAGGACUCCUUCUCUGGAACAGACAUCUGACUCUGCUUGAGACUGAAAGCCAGACUUCGGGCUGCCUCUCCCAACUUAAAGAUCCAGCCCUCUGCUGGAGGUACCCAGCCCUCCUGCAUCUUGAUAUGCCAUCUCUCUUUCUUUAAGGCUUCAGGCAGCACACACAGGUCCCGACAGCCAUCCCAGCCAGAACUGGGCAUCAAGUUUGCAGCUGAUGGCCUUGCCCCAAAGCACCAAUAUUUCUGGGAGCAGCUUGAAAGGCUAACCUUGCAACUGGGAGAGCCAAGGGUGCUUUGUUCCACCGCAGUGUUCACAGGGACCACGCAGUCAGGUGCUGUGGCCAAUGGACUUGAAGGUGCUGAUGCUGGUGUUGGAGGGGAGAGGACUGUGGGAUAAGGCAUUGGGGUCCUUUCUCUCAGGGCCACAUUUCUUAUACUCAUUCUAUAUAACUCUGCUCCAGUAACUGCAGAACAAGUGGCCCAGGCUAGUGCCUGAUAAAGUAUAUUUCUGAUCCCUGAGGACCCUGCCAAACUGGUCUGAAGUGGACCCAUACCUGCUGCCCUCUGGAUUUUUGUGCACAAAGAUAGCACAUUAACUUUUUGAUUUUUUUUAACCCCCAAGGGAUACUUUAAAAUGGCUUUUCUUCUGUCCUCUUUCCUACCUCCACUUUCUGAGAGUCAGAUGGAACACCAUCUGAGUACCCACACUCCUAACCUUACACCUAUGGAGCAGGUACUCAGGACCAGCCUGUGCCUUAAGGCCCAUCAGUCCAUCAAUCAGUAAGCUCCCCUGGAUGGUAAGGGAGGCCUCCUUCCCCAGCCCCAAACCAAGACUCCAAUGUCUCAGCUGUUGAGGAGCCUCAGAAGUACAGGAGCUUACCUCCUAUACUGCUUUUGGUCCCACCCUGAUCUCACACCUCCUUCCUUCUCAUCCCAAGUUAUCCUUCCUAUGCCAGAUAAGGAAGGAACCAGGGUCUGCCAUCAAUCUGCUCCUUUUGGUUUUUAUAAUACUAAUAUUGAGGGGCCCUUGCAUUUCUUUCUUUUGUAUUUCUUUCUUGUUUUGUUUCAUUUUGGCGGAUACAUGUCCUUAAUUAAAAGGUGGCUUGUUUCCUAUUUGUA